GUGCCUUUCCAGCGUGAUUUGGGUGUGGAGAAGAAAAACACGUUAAGUGCCAACGGGAAUUAUCAUCGUCCAUUCGGCGACGAAGCUCGACACUUUGUAUCAACAAAUCCUAACAAGAGUGCUGAAAGGGCACUUCAAUCUCAUGUUUUUCACAGCAUUACGGUAGAGAAUAAGACUGUUCGCGAACUGAAGUGGUGGGAUAUCACAUUUCAAAGAGUUGAAAUGGAUCAAGGGAGGCAGGUAUUCACAGUGGACCUUCUUGAACGGUAUGCUGCAAAAGGGCGAGGAGUUAUCACUUGCAUGGCUGCUGGAAAUGAUGUCAUUGUGAUUGGAACCAGCAGAGGAUGGGUCAUCAGGCAUGAUUUUGGGCUUGGCAAUUCAUCUGAGAUUGAUCUUACUGUGGGUCGUCCUGGGGACCAGUCAAUCCACAGGGUUUUUGUUGAUCCUGGAGGGAGUCACUGUAUUGCCACCGUUGUUGGUCCUGGAGGAGCUGAAACUUUUUAUACUCAUGCCAAAUGGGCCAAACCACGAAUUUUGAGCAAGCUGAAAGGUCUUGUUGUAAAUGCUGUUGCAUGGAACAAGCAACAGAUAACUGAAGUUUCCACGAAGGAAGUUAUUCUUGGUACAGAAAAUGGUCAACUUCAUGAGCUGUCCGUGGAUGAGAAGGAAAAGAAAGAGAAGUAUAUAAAGUUUCUCUUUGAGUUAAGAGAACUUCCAGAAGCUUUUAUGGGCUUGCAGAUGGAAACGGCUAGCAUGAUUAAUGGGACUAGAUAUUAUGUGAUGGCUGUUACUCCUACACGUCUUUACUCUUUCACUGGCUUUGGGUCACUGGAAGUGAUUACUGUUAUAUUGCGUCAACGGAGAGCUGUACAUUUUGCAUGGCUUUCUGGAGCUGGUAUUUACCAUGGUGGCUUAAAUUUUGGAGGACAACAGAGCUCUUCAAGUGGAAAUGAAAAUUUUAUUGAGAACAAGGCUCUUCUGGACUACUCCAAAUUGUCUGAAGGAGCUGAAGUAGUUAAACCGAGUUCAAUGGCGUUGUCUGAAUUCCAUUUCUUGUUGCUUCUAGGGAAUAAGGUCAAGGUUGUAAACAGAAUUAGUGAGAAUAUUAUUGAGGAGCUUCAGUUUGAUCAAACUUCUGAUUCAGCAUCAAAGGGUAUUAUAGGGUUGUGUAGUGAUGCCACAGCUGGUUUGUUUUAUGCAUAUGAUCAAAACUCCAUCUUUCAGGUGUCUAUCAAUGAUGAAGGCCGAGAUAUGUGGAAAGUAUAUCUUGACAUGAACGAAUAUGCUGCUGCUUUAGCAAAUUGCCGUGACCCUUUUCAAAGGGACCAAGUAUACUUAGUGCAGGCUGAAGCUGCAUUUUCUUCUAAAGAUUAUUUUAGAGCUGCAUCUUUCUAUGCCAAAAUCAAUUAUAUUUUAUCAUUUGAAGAGGUCACUUUGAAGUUCAUUACUGCUGGUGAACAGGAUGCUUUGAGAACUUUCUUAUUGCGGAAGCUUGAUAAUUUGGAAAAGAGUGACAAAUGCCAAAUAACAAUGAUAUCCACUUGGGCAACUGAAUUGUACCUGGACAAGAUAAACAGAUUGUUGUUGGAAGAUGACUCUGCAUCAGAGAAUAACAAUUUAGAGUACCAAUCAAUUAUUAAAGAGUUUCGUGCUUUUCUCAGUGACAGCAAGGAUGUAUUGGAUGAAACAACUACAAUGAAACUUUUAGAAAGUUAUGGAAGGGUUGAAGAAUUGGUAUAUUUUGCUAGCUUAGAAGGGCAGUAUGAGAUUGUAGUUCACCAUUACAUUCAGCAAGGAGAAUCAAAGAAAGCAUUGGAAGUGCUUAAGAAACCUUCUGUGCCUAUAGAUCUGCUGUAUAAGUUUGCUCCAGACCUCAUUGCCCUUGAUGCGUAUGAAACUGUGGAAUCAUGGAUGGCUACAAAGAAUCUGAACCCAAGGAAACUGAUUCCUGCAAUGAUGCGCUAUUCAAGCGAACCACAUGCAAAGAACGAGACACAUGAAGUUAUUAAAUAUCUUGAAUAUUGUGUUCAUCGAUUACACAAUGAAGACCCUGGAGUUCAUAACCUGCUACUUUCUUUAUAUGCAAAACAGGUUGGGUGGCUUGCUUUAUACAUCCAUUAUCCGUGUACUUCCGAUGUGGAAGAUGAUAGUUCACUUCUACGUUUCCUACAAUGCAAAUUUGGGAAAGGACCAGAAAAUGGUCCUGAGUUCUUCUAUGAUCCUAAGUAUGCCUUGCGUCUUUGCCUCAAGGAAAAACGAAUGCGUGCCUGUGUUCAUAUCUACAGCAUGAUGUCGAUGCAUGAAGAAGCAGUUGCUCUUGCCUUACAGGUUGAUUCAGAGCUUGCUAUGGCUGAAGCUGAUAAGGUUGAAGAUGAUGAAGAUUUGAGAAAGAAACUCUGGCUAAUGAUUGCUAAGCAUGUUGUUGAGAAAGAAAAAGGAACUAAGAGGGAAAACAUUAGGAAGGCAAUUGCAUUUCUUAAAGAAACUGAUGGCCUGCUAAAGAUUGAGGAUAUAUUACCAUUCUUUCCAGAUUUUGCUCUGAUUGAUGACUUCAAGGAGGCUAUAUGCUCAUCAUUGGAGGAUUACAAUAAGCAAAUUGAACAGCUGAAAGAAGAGAUGAAUGAUGCAACCCGUGGUGCCGACAACAUCCGAAAUGAUAUUAGUGCUCUUGCCCAAAGAUGCACUAUUAUUGAUCGAGAUGAGGACUGUGGGGUUUGCCGUCGAAAAAUUCUAAGUGCUGGGAGGGAGUUCGGCAUGGGUCGUGGUUAUACGUUAGUAGGACAAAUGGCUCCCUUUUAUAUCUUCCCGUGUGGACAUGCCUUCCACGCCCAAUGCCUGAUUGCCCAUGUGACUCGUUGUACAGUUGAUUCCCAGGCUGAGUAUAUACUGGAUCUGCAGAAGCAACUUACUUUGAUGGGCAGUGAAACAAGGAGAGAAUCCAAUGGCACCCUUUCUCCAGAAGAGUCCAUUCCUAGCAUGAGCACCGCAGACAAGCUCCGGUCACAACUGGAUGAUGCAAUAGCUAGUGAAUGCCCAUUUUGUGGCGACCUGAUGAUCCGUGAGAUUUCAUUGCCUUUUAUCCAUCCCGACGAAGAGCAACUUGUGCUACUAUCAUGGGAGAUAAAACCAAGCGCUGGAAACCAGAACCAGAGAAAUAUCUCGUUACCUGCAUCGACUUAA